UAGUCGACGAGAAGAAACUUCAAAAAAUCAGCUGAUUUUCGCGCAAAUCGCGGAAAUAAAAUUAAAAAAUUAAAUUGAUUUUUUUUGCUUAUGGCACGAUUCCUGAGCAAUUGCCGAGUAAUCAGACUAAUUACGCAGCAAACACAGGAUUUUCCGAGAAGAUUAGGAAGAUUUAGAGUGGGCAAUUGCUUCCAAAACUUGAGAAUGGCAUCCGGUGGAGGACACACAAAUCGGCUGAUUCAUGAGAAAUCUCCGUACUUGCUGCAACAUGCCCACAAUCCCGUUGAUUGGUAUCCCUUUGGGCAGGAAGCAAUUGAUCGGGCACGCCGGGAGAAUAAGCUGAUCUUCCUCUCGGUGGGCUACUCCACAUGCCACUGGUGUCACGUGAUGGAGAAGGAAUCCUUCGAGGAUGAGGCCAUAGCGAAGGUGAUGAAUGAGAAUUUUGUCAAUGUCAAAGUAGACCGGGAGGAGCGUCCGGAUGUGGAUAGGAUCUACAUGAGCUUCGUGCAAAUGACAAGCGGGGGCGGUGGAUGGCCAAUGUCUGUGUGGAUCACACCUGAUUUGCGCCCCAUCAUGGCUGGGACGUACUUUCCGCCUGUCGAUCGUUGGGGCCAGCCCGGCUUCCGGACAAUCUUGCAACGAAUGGCAGACAAAUGGCGCCGCGACAACACUGAGCUCGUUGAAUUCAGCUCAUCCGUUGUUCACGCCAUGACGGAGAGUCUCCAGAUGGAGGAGAGUGCGAGUGAUGAUCUGCGGAUUGAGGAGAAAUUCCGGGAGUGCACGAGAAUCUACAAGGGGCGCUUUGACGGGGUCUGGGGUGGAUUUGGGCAUUCCCCAAAGUUCCCGGAAGUCUCCCGGCUGCAUUUUGUCCUACACGCCUUUCUCCAUUCAAGCAUAUUCCUCCAGAAUCCCGAUCAGGAUCUCUUCCAUGGUGUAGCACACACCCUCGAAAAAAUCUGCCAUGGGGGCAUUCACGAUCAUGUCUUUGGGGGCUUCUCGCGGUAUGCUGUGGACCAGAAAUGGCAUGUGCCGCAUUUUGAGAAGAUGCUCUACGAUCAGGCACAACUCAUGAUGAUUCUCUGCAAUUGCUAUCGCGUGCAACCCCGGAAACUCUUCCUGGACAUCUCUGACCGCAUCUUCAAGUACAUGUGCAGUGAUCUUAGGGAUUCAGGUGGAGCCUUCUACAGUGGUGAAGAUGCCGAUUCCUUGCCAACUCAUGCCUCUCCGGAGAAAAUUGAGGGAGCCUUCUACGGAUGGCUGAAGAGCGACAUUGAGGCGGCUUUUGAAGAAAAUGCCGACAAGCUCAAAGAUUUUCCCUUUAAUGCCCUGGAAGUCUUCAACCAUCACUACAAUGUUAAAGAUGAGGGCAAUGUGGAGCCUCACAGUGAUCCCCAUGGUCAUCUUCAAUCUCAGAAUAUUCUCAUAAUCACGGGGAGUGCCGAGAAGACAGCUGAACACUUUAAAAUUCCCCUCGAGGAGCUGGAGAAGAUGCUCAGCAUUGCCAGUGAGUUCCUCCAUGAGAUCCGGAAUAAACGCCCUCGUCCUCAUUUGGACGUGAAGAUGGUGUGCGCGUGGAAUGGUUUAGCCCUGACGGGACUCUCCAAGCUCGCCUCACUCAGUGCAUCUUCCGUCCGUGAGGAAUGUGCCAAAGUUUCCGGGGAACUUUUUACCUUCAUCCAUAAAGAGUUCUUCGAUGCCACUGCUGGGAAACUUCGGCGUGUGUGCUAUUCUGCUAAUGAAGAAGCUCCCAGCACCCCCAUUUAUGGCUUCCUCGAUGACUACGCAUUCACAGUGCGUGGCAUUCUGGAUUACUACGAAGUCUCCCUGCGAGAGGACGUCCUGGCGUUUGCAGAGGAGCUUCAGAGGGUUCAGGAUAAGCUCUUCUGGGAUCCAGAGAAAGGUGCCUACUUCUACACGGAAGCCAAUUCGGAUAAUAUGAUUGUGCGCAUGAAGGAAGAUUACGAUGGGGCUGAACCCUCCGGGAAUUCCGUGUCAGUUAAGAAUCUCCUCCUCCUUGGCGGCUAUUUCGACUCAAGCGAUUUUCGCGAUAAAGCCAAGAAGACCCUCCACUAUUUCAGCGCAUUGAGUCACUUUGGGUACGCCAUGCCUGAGAUGAUGUCCUCAGCUCUUAUUCACGAUACUGGCAUCAAUGAAAUUGUUGUUGUGGGCCCAGAAGGUGAGGCCACAAAUGAAUUUUUGAAGGUAAUCAGAGAAUUUUAUAUUCCUGGAUUGAUAUUAUUCCACGUGAACCCGGAGCAGCCGAAGGAAUUUGCCAAAAUUAAAGUCAAUUCGUACAAAAUGGUCAACAAUUCUCCAACAGUGUACAUUUGCUUCAAUCAAAUGUGCCUCCCACCCGAGACGAGUGUGGAGAAUGUGAAGAAAAUUCUUGCAGAAAAAUAUUUGCAUCCCAAGUGAAUCCUCACCUCCGAUGGGAGAGAGUUACAACAACACAUUUUGCUGCAAAAAUUGUUCACAAUGUGUGCGAGAAAGGAGCCAAACAAAAGGAUUUUUUAACAUUUUACUUUGGUGCUGGGGUGGAACGAAGUUUCGUGAAAUUCUCAUUGCAAAAAGGCAGAGAGAAAUUUUUCUCAAAAAUAUUUAUGUGUAAAUAAUGCAUUUCCCAAUUAUAUUGGUGGCUCAUAAAUAUAUGCAUGACUCCCAAAA